AUGGAGGCAAGUCUGGCGAUUUCUGAACGACAUCUUGGACAUGUCAAGCCACCGCAGCAAACUGGCCUGUUCGGCCUGCACCCGGAGGAAGGUCAAGUGUUCGAAGACGGUACCCUGUACCAACUGUGUCCGAAGGUAAUUGAGGUCUUCUUGUGCACCGAGAUUCAGUCGGGACGCCCGGCGUUAAUGCCUUGCUGUAGGGGAGAACAGGAUAUAUGUUGUCAAGCAAUCGGAUCUCCCACAACCACUGAGCUUAAGAGCAGUCCUCUUCAGGACAACACGGUAUCGCCUGGAGCAAAUCUGCACGAUGCCGAUGCUCUAAGAGCACGGGUCGUGCAGCUCGAGACGGAGCUUCGCAGUUUCCGGGCGGCUUCGGCUCCCAAACGGCCACCAUCGCGAACGAGGACCGAGCCCUCAUACCAUAUCACCCUUUUGGACGAAUCGAGGCCAGACGAGCCGACAGCAAGGCAUGAUAUCGGAAACCCAGACGGGGCUGGCGAGCAGGCUCCUGAGCGUGACUCUGUGAUCAACGAUGCGGCAUCGAUCCUGGAGUUUCUGGCGUGGGGCAGGCGGAAGAACCCCGACUUUCACUCGGUCGCUUCGCCGGAGGCAGUAGUGAAAGGCCCCGGCGCUUCGGAAGACAUCGGCGAUGCGCCUUCACAGGACCACUUCCCGGACAAUAUCGACGAUCCCUGCCCACUCGCCGUCCUCCAGAUGCUGCUGCCCAGCAAGCGACAGGUUUGGCAACUCGUAGACUACCACGACGAGAGCCUGCUGUGGUACCACGGCAGCUACUACUCGCCCACGUUCAGGAAGCAGCUGCACGACUUUUACUCUCGGUUCAACGGCUCGAUCGAGCACGCCGGCGUCAACCUGCAGUGGGUGGCACUGCUCUUCUCCAUCUUGGCUGGCACCAUCACCUGUGCGCCGGUGUACAGGGCGCAUGUUUGGGGCUUUCGUGACCCCGAGCGCGAGACCCUCUCGAGGCGUUGGGCUCGUGCUUCUGUGACUUGUCUGAACCGCGCUGAAUACACAGCCAACCACUCCAUCCUCUCAGUCCAGGCCAUAGCGACCCUGACCAUCGCAGCGCACAUGCUGGGUCUCUCAAACAUGCAGUCAAUCCACCUGGCGGCGGCCGUGCGCAUUGCGCAGAGCCUUGGCCUCCACCGACUCACUGAAGACUCUCCGGGCACGCCAGUCGAAAAGGAGACGGGAAAGCGAGUCUGGUCCCAACUAUGCAGCCAAGACUGGUUCAGCCUCCCGUUCUCGGAGACCUACCUUGUCAACCCCAUCUACUCGCAUUCGGACCCUCCCCUCAACUGCCAUGACGAGGACUUGCUCCCUCUCCCCAACAGCGUCCCGACCAUCACCAGUUACUGCCGGUUCCUGAACCGCGUUGCAAACAUAAUGCCGCAGCUGCAAGACGGCCUAAUGUCGUGCAAUACUGUCUUCACGAGGUAUGAGCAAGUUCUGUUCUGGGACAAGCGCCUUCGAGCCUUGGCGACGGGAGAGCGGCCUGCGUUCCUGGGACACGUGCCUCUGGACCCCGUGUGGCCAGCCUAUGUGCCGUGGGCGAGGCGGUCCCUGGCCAUCUCGUCAGCCCAUAAGAUCAUCAUGAUCCACAGGUCCUUCCUCUCGGAGAGCUUCAAGAACCCGGCCUUCGCGUUCACUCGGUGCACGUGUAUCGCAGCAUCAAAGACAAUCAUCAGGGAGUACAAGUUCGUCGUGGAGGAGGACGGGCCAGUCCUCUGGAUUCACCAGGCAUUCUCAGUGGCAGCCUCCAUCAUUCUCCUCCUUGAUCUGCUGCACCGUGAUCCGUCGGACAAGGAGUAUGCUGAGCAUAAACAACUAGCCGAAGGAACAGUGCACAUCCUCCGGCGCUGCCAGAACAGCAUGAUAGCUGCUCGAGGAGUGAAGCUCCUCUCCGCGCUGUUGAAGGAGCUCCCAUGCCCGUCCGAUACGACCAAGCACUGGCGGAAGCGAGCAGCGGAUGACGUCGACGCUGUACCACCGCAAGAUGCCAAAGGGCAUAAGCGGCAGCGGCGUUUUGACGUUUCGACAUUUGUCAAGUCGUACUGCGGCGAUGUCACCCAGUCAUCCACGGGUAGAACAGGCCCGGAAAAUGUCCUUGUGUCGAGUGACGAGACUUUGCCUCCGAGUUGCAAUGCCGGUGAUGCCGAGGAGCUCACUCUCGGUCCGCAGGAGGGGUUUCAAGACCUAGCAACACACGAUCCAUUCUACUCUGCGUUGGGGAUCGAGGGCUCGACUGAUUUUGAGAACUUGUUGUAUUUGGCUAAUCAUGAUUUUUCUAUGCUAUAA